UGAAAAGAGCAAGAAGGCUAAGAACGUCAGAGUCUCUGUCGCCCUGACACCCACUUUAAUCUCACGUUCUCUCACACACACUGAUCAGACCAGGUCAGAGAGAGGUUUCUUGCUUUUGGAUGAUUGAAUCUGAGCUUGGCACGUAGUCGUGCCUCAGUUCCUGCUCGCCCUUUCAUUGUUGUUUCUUUUCGGAAUUGCUCUUCAAUUUUUUCCCGUUGUCUCUGUGUCUCUCUCCCCAACUACGCGAGUUCGAUUUGCUUCCUUUUGAAGCUCAUGUGAAAUGGAAGCUCUGCCUUUUCAAUGCGUACCUUCUUUCCAUUCUGGGAGAGGAGGAGGUGGAGGUGGUGCUGGACCCCAGAGGAUGAUUGACGAGGAGAAAUCGACGGUGGAGGUUGAAGAGAAGUGUCACAGUCGGGCGGUGAAGGAAGCACAACCACCGUGGAUCAAGCUGGGCCUGGGGAUUGGUGCAAACUCUGCUACUGCCGCUUCUGCACAGAACCCCGUGACUGAACACGGAAAGCCUGUGGUGUUGACGCCAGCCCAGUUGCAUGAGCUUCAAGGACAGUCCUUCAUCUACAAGCACUUAGAGGCUGGUCUUCCUGUUCCUCUUCACCUCCUCGUUCCCAUUUGGAAGAGUGUAGCUAGCUGUUUCGGGCCCUCUAUUUAUAAGCUAUACCCUAGCUUUAUAGGUUAUUUUAGUCCUCAGGGGUUUGACUAUAGGACCAUGAUGGAUCCUGAACCAGGAAGGUGUAGAAGAACUGAUGGGAAGAAAUGGAGGUGUGGUAAGGAUGUGGUGCCGGAUCAGAAAUACUGUGAGCGCCACAUGCACAGAGGCCGUCAGCGUUCAAGAAAGCCUGUGGAAGCUUUUGAAAUCUCAUCUCCAGAUUCAAUGCCAUCUCGCACUGGCUGGUCAAAUGACAAAUUAGGGGAGUCAAACCCAGAUCAUGCCACUUCAGCCACCAUAGGACUUCCACUCAUGACCCCAUCCAGCCAUGAUCUGACUACCAUAUCCCAUAGCAGCAGUACUGGAAGCAAAAAAUAUGCGAGUUGUGAUGCUAUCGCCACCAGAACCCCCAUCCCUGCCAUUGCAGCAACCAUGACCUCCAUACCUGCCACUGUGGCCACGGGCACCACCACUACCCUUGCCACUGUAUCCACCUUCACUGCCAAUGUCAACCAAAAGAUUGAUCACGUCUCUGAAAGCAAAGAUAGAAGUGGCAACCAUGCAGUUUACAAUACCACCAUGAAAAGCAACAGCAAGAGGGUUAUAUCACCGGGAUUGGGCUUCUCAACGAAGAGUGUUCUUCAAGGUAAUAUUAGUAAGAUCAGAGCAAUUUUGUCUUCUGAUUCAUCAACUUCUUUUUGUGAUCGGAGGGUUCAAACUUGCAACAGCCCAUGCUUUGGAGUCCAAAAUGGCAUUGAACUCGAACCAGGGCGGUGUAGAAGAACAGAUGGGAAGAAGUGGCGGUGCAGCAGGGAUGUUGUUCCUGAUCGUAAGUAUUGUGUACAGCACAUGCACAGGGGUGCCAAAAUGCGCUUGGCAGCCUCCCAAGCAAUUUCUGUUCCUGUUACUUCUGGUGCUACAAGUCAUAGAGCUUCACCAUCUCUCCGUAUAAACAUACCCAAGAAAGCAAAAUUUCCAUCUCCAAACACAGAUCUUUCCAUCUCAAUCCAAGCAAGCCCUCAGCCGAUGCAUGUUGAAAAAAGUGUUUCCAUCAGUAGCAGUGACACUACUAUUACGGACACCAGCAUCACUGCCAAUGAAUACGGUUAUGUCUCUGCAUGAAAUGUUGUCUAGAAGACCAACCCUGUUAACCUUCAAGUGCUUUUGUAACAUUUCCAGCGGCUGAGAGACCGCUUUUGUCUAGAAAAAAUGGAUGUUGCAUAGUUUGACUUCGCUGUUUUGGCUUGGAUGAGAAAUUAGAGCAGGAAUUGCAUUCUCAUCCACAAAACUCUUAUUUCGGUUGUAGGGUGGAUCAUGAUUGAUGGCAAUUCUGAAACGAAUAUUUGGGAAA